CAUUUCGUAUUUAUUUUAAUUAUUUUUUUGAUUUUACAAAUUACAAAACAACUCACAUUGCUCAAAGUGGUUAGCAAAAAAAGAUAAUUUUCCACAUUAAACUUUAUUUUAAUACAAAAAUAUCACAAUGGAAAUAGAAGAAGAAACUUUCACCCUCGAACAAGACUCAGAACUACGUUUUGAAAUUGAAGAAAAAGAUGCCAAAGUCUAUGUCCAGUUAAAAUCUGGAUUUGCCGAAAUGUUUGGCACAGAAUUAGUCAAAAAGAAGUCAUAUGAAUUUAUCACUGGUGCUAAAGUCGCCAUAUUCACAUACCAAGGCUGUACGAUUGGAGUUCGUGGCAAAACAGAUGUUCGUUACACUUCCAAAGAAACACCAAUGGUACAAUAUCUCAAUUGUCAUGCAGCACUUGAACAAAUGCGUACUCAAGCCGAAGAGAAAGACACUCGUGGUCCUAUUGCGAUGGUAGUUGGACCAAAUGAUGUUGGCAAGAGUACACUUUGUCGUAUACUCUUGAACUAUGCAGUACGUCUUGGCAGACGACCACUAUUCGCUGACAUCGAUGUUGGCCAAGGAGCUAUCUCAAUACCCGGAACAAUUGCCACAGUUCUGAUUGAAAGACCAGCAAGUAUUGAAGACGGAUUCUCGCAAACAGCGCCUUUGGUCUUUCAUUUUGGUCACAAAAGUCCAAAUGACAAUAAAACUUUGUAUACUUCUAUUAUCUCGAAAAUGGCUGAAGUGACCUUGGAAUCUUUAUUGAAUAAACGCACAAAAUACUCCGGUAUGGUUAUUAACACUUGUGGUUGGGUAAAAGGAGAAGGUUAUCGUCAUUUAUUACAUACAGCUCAGGCCUUUGAAGUGGGAGCAAUCUUUGUUCUCGAUCAAGAACGCCUUUAUAACGAACUUCUACGUGAUAUACCUUCGUUUGUAAAAGUUGUCUUAUUGCCAAAGAGUGGAGGAGUAGUUGAACGUAGUAAAGCUUUACGAACCGAUGCCCGAGAUCUAAGAAUUAAGGAAUAUUUCUAUGGUUUCCGGACUCCGCUGUAUCCAUUUUCUUUUGAAGUCAAAUGGAGUGAUGUGAAAAUCUUUAAAAUUGGAGCACCACCAUUGCCCGAUUCAUGUAUGCCUAUUGGAAUGAAAGCGGAGGAUAACCUCACAAAAUUGGUGGCAGUACAACCGAGUCCUUCACUUAUGCAUCAUUUGUUGUCAUUGAGCUUUGCAGAGUCACCUGAAGAUGAUGUUAUUUCAACGAAUGUUGCUGGCUUUGUCUGUGUAACUGAUGUUGAUACUGAAAGACAAACCAUUACCGUGUUAUCGCCACAACCCCGUCCGUUACCGUAUACAUUGCUACUUUUAUCAGAGUUACAAUUUAUGGAUAGUCACUAGUUUAUUCUGCUACUGUUUUUUACUGUAGAAGGAAUACAUGGAUAAAUAAAAUAUUUUUAUACAAACUGA